AUGACAAGUUCCCAAGGUGUAUAUAUUUUUACUCUAAUAGGUAUUAUAGAGAGAGUCACACCUGGAGGUAACACACUUGUAUCUUUUUCAGACUGGAAGUAUGAAGUUGCAAACACCUUGCCUCAGAGUGAAGAGGGGGUGGAAGUGGACUCUCAAGCAUACAGCCACCGGUGGAAAAGAAACGUGGACCCUUUUAAAGCUGUAGACACAAACCGAGCCAGCAUGGGCCAAGACUCUCCAGAGUCCAGAGGCUUCCCCGAUCUGCUACUGGAUGACGGGCAGGACAACACCACCCAGAUCGAGGAGGACACAGAUCACAAUUACUACAUUUCUCGGAUAUAUGGUCCAGCGGAUUCUGCCAGCCGGGAUCUGUGGGUGAACAUAGACCAAAUGGAAAAGGACAAAGUGAAGAUUCACGGGAUACUUUCCAACACUCAUCGGCAAGCUGCAAGAGUGAAUCUGUCCUUCGAUUUUCCAUUUUAUGGUCAUUUUCUAAAUGAAGUCACUGUGGCAACUGGGGGUUUCAUAUACACUGGAGAAGUUGUGCAUCGAAUGCUGACAGCUACACAGUACAUAGCCCCUUUAAUGGCAAAUUUUGAUCCCAGUGUAUCCAGAAAUUCAACCGUCAGAUACUUUGAUAAUGGCACAGCUCUUGUUGUCCAGUGGGACCAUGUCCACCUGCAAGAUAAUUACAACUUGGGAAGCUUCACAUUCCAGGCCACACUCCUCAUGGAUGGGCGUAUCAUCUUCGGAUACAAAGAAAUUCCAGUCUUGGUUACACAGAUAAGCUCCACCAACCAUCCAGUCAAAGUCGGGUUGUCUGAUGCAUUUGUCGUAGUCCACAGGAUCCAGCAAAUACCCAAUGUUCGAAGAAGAACAAUUUAUGAAUAUCACCGUGUAGAACUACAGAUGUCCAAAAUUACCAACAUUUCAGCUGUGGAGAUGACCCCACUCCCAACAUGUCUCCAGUUCAAUGGUUGUGGCCCUUGUGUGUCCUCGCAGAUUGGUUUCAACUGCAGUUGGUGUAGCAAACUUCAAAGAUGCUCGAGUGGAUUCGAUCGCCAUCGGCAGGACUGGGUGGACAGUGGAUGCCCUGAAGAAGUACAGUCAAAGGAGAAGAUGUGCGAGAACACAGAGCCAGGGGAGACGUCUCAAACUACCACGACCGCACAAACAACCACCACGCAAUUCAGGGUCCUGACCACCACCAGGAGAGCUGUGACGUCGCAGAUGCCUACCAGCCUGCCUACAGAAGGUACCUGCAAGAUUGUUUGCUUAUUUUUAUAGAAAAGAAAAAGUUUAAUUCCUGUUUCCUGGAGGAAUAGAAUAUUGUUUGGCCAAUUAACUUUCUAAAGGAUUUUCCAGAUUCAGAAUUACGUGAUCAGGAAACAAAUGCUGGAAUUCUUUACACAUGGCAAUCCUCUUCUUAAGCCUUAGUGGUUCUCCAUGAUCUGGCCUUUUGUUCUCCCUAGAAAAGAAACAUAGGCUUCUGAUCACUUAACCAAACCUAGAAAUCAUCAAACUACAUCCCUGGUACAGGAUUCAAAUGAAAUAUGCAUAUAAAAUGACUUGUUAUGAAAUUCUGCACAAUAGAUAAUUUUACUCACAUAUUGUUAUAUAGUGUAUUUUCUGAGUGCAAUCAACAAGAUUGAAUAUCACAAAACUGUCCUUGAAAGGUUCCUUCCAUUUUGUAUUUUGGGGAAGGAA